AUGACCAAAUUGAGUUAUUGCUUGACCUUACCGUGGGGAGGGACUGCUAGCAAUAAGGAAGAGUGGGUUUUGAAUUUUGAGGGAACUUUGAAGCUCUCAAUCACUGGAUUUGCUCAAUACAAGCAGGCGUUGAGAACGAGUUUUGUGGUUACAGUUAUAAUACUCUUAUUAUUUGGUGCCUAUUUUGCGUUUAUACCUGGGAAAGGCCAUAGUGUAUCUAAAGGACCAUAUUAUACAGUGGUUGUUGAUUGUGGAAGCACGGGGACCCGAGUAAAUGUGUACAAGUGGCUGGCAAAGGAUGUAAGUAGUAAGGAAUUGCCGAUUUUGUUGUAUUCUUAUCCCGACAAUUCAACUGAUGGAAUGCUUUGGAAAAGUUGUAAGUAUCACUGUCUGCAAACUGAGCCUGGUUUGGAUAAAUCUGUCGGAAACUUAUCAGGAGUAAGAGCAUCUUUGGAACCAUUAAUUACAUUGGCAGAACAUAAGGUUCCUUCUGAAAAACGCAGAGACACUCCCAUUUUUGUUCUAGCUACUGCUGGACUAAGGAGAUUGGCAAUGGAGGAUGCUAGGCGGGUAUUGAAUGACAUAGAAGUUGUUGUAAAAGAACAUACAUUUUUGUAUAAAAAGAGUUGGAUACGGGUAUUGAGUGGCCAAGAAGAAGCUUAUUAUGGUUGGGUGGCUCUAAAUUAUAAAAUGGGUAGCUUUGGGAAUCAUUCAAGGUCACCCACUUUGGGACUUCUUGACUUAGGAGGCUCAUCAUUGCAGAUUGUCGUGGAAGUUGAUGAUACAAGAGAAGAUGCAAACUUAGUGAGAUCAAAAUUUGGUUUUGUCGAACAUGAUAUUUUAGCUUACUCAUUGUCGGAAUUUGGAUUGAAUGAAGCAUUUGAUAGGACGGUUGUUAUGCUCAGCCAUAUGGAACAACUCACAGAAAGUGCAUCUGGUAUAGUAGAGAUCAGACAUCCUUGUCUUCAUACUGACAUUGUGCAAAACUAUACCUGCUAUGGUUGCUCCCAGCUAAAUGCUCCUGAUCAGAAAAAUGUGACCAGUCAAGUGCAAGAAACUAAAUUUCCUUCUGUAUAUCUGGUUGGAGCGCCAAAUUGGGAGCAAUGCAGAAGACUUGCUAAGGUUGCUGCUAUCAAUUCAAGCACAGCUGACACAGACCUUAGAGCAAGGUCAUGUUCUGAUAAUGGGAAUGAAAUGAUAAAUUUGACUGCUUUUGCUCACCCGAAAGCCCGCUUUCAUGCACUAUCUGGAUUUUUUGCUAUUUAUGACAAGUUGAAUUUGAGCGGAAGAGCCACCUUGAUGAAGAUUUGGGAGAAAGGCCAGCAAGUAUGCUCCAGAUCAUGGUCUGACCUAAGCAGUAAUUCACAGAAUGCAUAUUUUGCUUGGCAAUAUUGCUUUCGUGUACCUUAUGUGGCAUCGCUCGUUGACGAUGCCCUGUGUCUUGGUGACAAAGAGAUCAUUUUUGGUCCUGCGGAUGUUACUUGGACAUUAGGAGCUGCAUUGGUCGAAGGAGAAUAUUUAUGGUCAAGUCCUACUAGAUCUCAAAUUAGCAUUUUAGCCCUAAAUACGGAGCUCCCCAUGAUAGGCAGGAAGAGCGCAGUAAGAGGACAGAAGAUGAUAGAUUAG